GUCAAUUACAACACGUCUGGUUGUGCUGUAGCAGAGGUGCAGGUUGGGUCGGAUCUGCAGUUGAAUAACUCGCCCCCUGCACAUUUUAAGUUUCCUUUUCCUUAGAACUUUUCGUCUAAAAAGAACACGUUUUGCGGAACUUAAAGAAAAAUCACAAGAAGUGGGAGUGCUUGAAUUCAGUCGUGUUUCUGGUAUAUGUAUUCGUUUGUGGACUAACAUCACGUGGCUAUUAAUUAGUCACCAAAAAACGGAAAGGCUUCUUCAACAUGGUCAAAGCCUUUUCCAAGGCACUGCUUUAUUACGUACUUCCUAUUUUUGGUUUUAUCGUGUCGGGUCUGAGUCAAAGUCCUCUAAGGCAGGAUUCGAAUCAUGCAAUUACAGGUUCUGAAAAAUUCAACACAGCAGCUCUCUUUCCUUCGACAGCAGAUCAGCUAAAGAAAUUAAGCCAUAUUCGAAACCCUAGGCAAAUUGAUUCAGGGAAACUUUAUAUGGAUCACAGUGAUAUUUGGGUGGUACAAGGCUUCAAGAAUUUCCGGAGCUGUCCGAAAGCUGCACAACAAUUCAAGGUUUUCCAAAAUGUUGAAAAUUGGUACGCUGUGAUUGCUACCAAUGCGGUGGAAAACAACACAGAAAUUUGCUCAUUUUCUGCGUUAAACGGAUGUGAAAAAUUACUCGAAACGCUUCCGACCCGCCAGGCGUUCGAUUGUGAGGUCGUCCGCACUAAUGACGUCAUUCGUAUAGUCGUUUUGGAGAAAACCCCAGCCAAAUACCCACACAAACGGACUGGAUCUUCAGUUUACACCAUUAACUUCGCCAGUAAUGGGACCAUCAGCGCCAACAGAAGAGAAGCGCUUCGCAGUGAAGAUCCCACUUGCAUCACUACUUGGGAACAGUUUGGAAUUCCACACGUCGCUAUUUGUAACGGCAAGAAUCGGGAUUUUAGAGGAAUUGAAAGCUACUGGGCAAAGUCGUAUAUCUACUGUGCUAGUGGAGGCUAUUUUGAUCGGUGCGGCGAAAUCGAGACACACUUUCCGAAGGCGAUCCGACACUUCCGCAUAUUUUCCAAGCACUAUUUAGCUGUUGCCAAUUACCCUAACGAAACAGUGGCUGAAGAUGUCCCCACUGAAAUUCUUCGAUAUGAUCUUGGCUCAAAAAUGUAUAAACUAUUGCAGCUUUUGCCAACCAAGGGUGCAUCUGAUUUGUGCUUCCUAGACAUUGGUACGGGACUGAAUACCCUCCACUUCCUCGUGGUUGUGAAUAGGCUUGCUUUCGAUUCCACAGGAAAGGCCAAUAACGAUGCCACAUCGCAUGUUUAUAAAUUUAUUGGCGAAAGGUUCGAACCGUUUCAGUCUAUUGCUAUUGACAGUAAAACGACGGGAUGCCUUGCUUUUCAGGAGAACGGUGGAAAAUCGGCUUUAAUAUUUUCCACAUGGUGGGGGGUAGAUGUUUAUCAAUACAAUGGAUGGCGCUUUGUAAGUGUCGUCCAGUAUUCCAGCUUCGCUCUCGGUUCUGGAAUCAACACUCUUGGAACUCUGAAGAUGAAUAAGGAGACUUUUAUAACUGUUGCAAACUCUAAUCCAGCAAAAUCCUACAAUGACAACUUGUUUUCACUAAAAUUCUCUCAUCAAUUAAACGCCACCCUAUCUACCGUUUACUCAAAGGGCAUGUCAACAUGUCAUCAACUGAGAUCUGAACUUGAAGUUGAUCCCUUGAGGCUCAUAACAGAAUUGUAUCCACGUGCCGUUAAGAAGAAUGACACUGUUAUCCAGUUGGGCAAGGUCGAUUUCAGUUCUUUGAAAGCUGGUCACGUCUGGACUAACCAGAUGGUACUGAAAUCAAAUAUGUUGAGAUUGGGAGCUACUCAAGUGAUCCAGCUGAAAAGACUUAGUAAUAAAAUGGAACAGCUAGGCGUAAAACUUCAGGCAUUGGCGAAGCGCUUUAAACAAGCCAUGCGAACAAACGGCGAUUAUGUCAUUCAUGGAAACGUUCAUUUCAAAUCCCUCGUAAGCACAUGUCGAGGCUCGGAUAAACUAUCUGAAGGAUGUGUUUUUGAAAAUGUUACCGCAAAAACCAUCAACUCCGUUGAUAUCGCGGAUACCUACCAUCAGGCCGUCAUAGACUCCGACAAGCCAAUUUCUUCUCUCAAAACAAAGCGUCUCGAAAUUCGCAAUGGACACCCAACAGUUUCCUUAUCCGGCCGUGAAAUCAAAGAAUACAUCACAGUGGACGAGGAUCUUAAUUUCCCAGACAAAAUUAGAAUUGAAGGAAAUUUGCUUGUGAAUGGCCAUCUCGGCGUCAAAGGACUGGUUGACGAACGCGAGAUUUCACCUAAUUCUUUACUUUUACGGCAAGGCAUUCAACAUCUUAACUGGACGCUGAAGACUACCGAUGUUCAUCUUAAAAAUCUGAAGGCCCAUUCUAUUAACGGAAGAAAUAUUAGUCAUUUAUACCAAAACGCCAUUUCAAACAGGGAAUUUCACUUUGCUUCAGCCAAAAUUCUUCUCGUCACUUUCCGUUUCCAAGCUUAAUCUAAAUGGAAUAAUCAAUCAAAUCAACCUCACAACUUUGGAAAGUAAUUCAAUGAAAUUAGCUGGAGAUCAAGUUGUCACAGGCAUCCACGGAUACCUUAAUGCUCACCUUGGGCGAGCCGUUCUGAAUGGUUCGUUAAAUGGAAAACAGUUUCCGGCAGAUUUCGUUUCUGUUGGCAAAAACGAUCAACUGAAAUUUAAAAAGUUGCAACUCACUCAAGACGC